CUGGUCUUUGACAAUUGCCAAUAGUGUCCAGUAUCUUUAAUGGAUCAAGGGGACAUCUCAUUAAUAACUUCACUACUGUGGAGUGAGUUCUUUAAAAUUGGUCUCCUCGUCAGGACCUGUGGUAUAAAUGCAGUUGUCUUUUGCAAUUUCAGCUUUUCUAAAAAGGAGCGAAAUAAAGUGAUACGGCUGGAGAAGAAGUAUGGACAUAAAUGGCAAUAUAUUGGAAACAGGGUACAGCGGUCAAAUGAAUGCGUCCGGUAUCUAUGGAAGAACUUUAAUGAGGGAGGGCGGAAAGGUAAAUGGUUGAAAUUUGAAGAGAAACAACUUUACGAUGCUGUAAUGGAGAUUACGGCACACUUGGAAGGACUUAUCGACAGGUUUGUCGGAGUCCCAUGGAAGAAAGUUGCAGAGAAGGUUCCAACGCGAAAUGCUGAUUGUUGCUGCAAUAAAUGGAAUCGUUCUUUGGGCUGGCGAUUCAAGGAAAGGAAGAAGCAUAAGUGGCAGGCGAAUGAUUAUAUUGAGUUACUUGAAUUGGUGGAUGCUUCAAAUGUGAGAGAGGAGUUUGAAAUAGACUGGUCGAGCAUUUUCGAGAAGCUCGGUGACCGGGUCUGUAGUAGGAUGCAACUAAAGAUUUUGUGGCAUAAACUUAAGAUGAAGUAUGCACCCAACAACUUCUUCAUGGAGUAUUGCGACAUUUUAGACACUUUGUUUGAGAAAGCUCUUCCUGCUUUGAAAGUGGCUGCUGCUGAGCAUGAGGAAGUCAUGGCCAAAAGGGCUGCAAAACAGCAGAAAAAAAACUCUAAGGUCUAUAUUAUCUCGGAUUCAGAUGAAGACUCCGCUGACGAUUGGAUGUAAAGAGACGACUUUAUUUUGUGAAGGUGAUGAGGGACGUGGCAGUGGCCAGGAGGACUAGCUUGGUGUAAAUUAGUCUUGAACACAACCACUUACCAUCUAGUAAAUGUUUGUGUAUUAACAGAGGACGUUUAUAGACAGAAGUUGCAGCUUGAAAAGAGACUAACAUGUUUCAGAUUAGUCUCUGAAACAAACGCUUAUUAUCAAAUAAAUGUUUGUGAAUGGAUACUGAAUGGAGAUUUCACCUCCAGUCUCUAUUGGUAACAACACUGUUUUUGUGCAUUGUGCAUCUCGUUUUUUUGUUUAACAAAGAUGUUAUCAUGUUACUUUGGUACAAUUAUAUAUUAUACAAACA